AAACAGGGGAUUCUUUCCGUUUUUAUGGCAGGCAUCAAUUAAGAAAGGCCUCCAAAUCUUAACCGCCUCCAAUGGCUCGCAUUUCUUGCACGACAAACCAUCCACGGGAUCCACUCCUUGGCUCUGCCCGCUUCUCCAUACUUCUGCUUCUUCUCUCUCUUCCUCCUCCGUCGCAAGCCUGCACGCACGCACGCACUGACACAAACAAACAAACAAACAAACAAACACAUUCCUGGCACCUUCUCUGUAAUCACAGCAUUCCCACGAGCUUGACCAACCAAUCCCUCGAACAUGCAGACCAGCCCACGAACGACACACCCUCCUCACUGGUACUCGCCAGUCACCGGAAUCUACUGCAGCAAACACCCUCCCGUCGAUCUUCCUUCCGACCCAGUAGACGACGUGGCUUCCUACCUCUUCUCUCGCACCGCUGAUGACGGCUCAACCGCCCUCGUCGAUUCUUUGUCCGGCUCGUCCGUAUCCUACUCGGAGCUCCGCUCUCUCGUCCAAUGCAUGGCUUCAGGGAUUCGCAGCAUGGGCGUCUCGCAGGGCGACGUCGUCCUGCUCCAAUUGCCCAACUCCGUCUACUACCCUGUCGUCUUCUUGGGCGUCCUGUUCGCUGGCGGGGUCGUCACCACCAUGAACCCGCUGAGCAGCGUGUCGGAGAUCAAGCGACAGAUUUCGGAUUGCAAUGUGCGUCUCGCUUUCACUUCCUCCGACAACUGCGAGAUGUUCAAGGCGUUGGAUGUUUCAGCCACUGCUGUGCCAGAGGACGUAUGUUAUGGUUCGAGAGAUUGCGAGUUUGUGGAUUUUCGCAUGCUUUUGUCGAGAAAAUUUGAAUCUUUCCAGAGGCCCAUCGUGAAGCAGCAAGAUAUGGCGGCGAUAGUGUACUCAUCCGGCACUACGGGCGUGAGCAAAGGGGUUGUUCUCACACAUGGUAAUUUCAUCGCCAUGUGCGAGCUCUUCGUGAGGUUCGAGGCCUCCCAGUACGAGUACCCGAGCUCCGAGAAUGUGUAUUUGGCUGUCCUGCCGAUGUUUCACAUAUACGGCAUGUCGCUCUUUGUCUUGGGACUGUUGUCGUUGGGGUCUACUGUGGUUGUGAUGAGGAGGUUCGAUCCCAACGAGGUGGUCAAGGCCAUUGAUAGGUAUGGAGUCACCCAUUUCCCCGUGGUUCCGCCCAUAUUGACUGCUCUGACCAGGACAGUGAAGUGUUCCGGUGGAAGUGGCUUGAUGAGCUUGAAGCAGGUCUCUUGUGGGGCUGCUGCUCUCAGCAGGAAGACCAUUGACGACUUUGUUCGGACUCUUCCUCAUGUUGACUUCAUUCAGGGUUACGGCUUGACUGAGUCAACUGCAGUUGGAACCCGAGGCUUCAAUACUGAGAAGUGUCCAAGAUAUUCUUCCAUUGGACUUUUGGCUCCAAAUAUGCAAGCCAAGGUAUUGGACUGCAAGACGGGAUCCUUCUUGCCUCCAGGCAGCGGUGGCGAGCUUUUGUUACGAGGACCUGCAAUCAUGAAAGGGUACUUGAAUAAUGUCGAUGCAACUAGGUUAAUGAUCGAUGAGGAUGGAUGGCUACAUACUGGAGAUAUUGUUCAUUUUGAUCAGGAUGGAUUUUUACAUAUACUCGAUCGAGUGAAAGAAAUUAUAAAAUACAAGGGCUUUCAGAUUGCUCCUGCUGAUCUCGAGGCUGUAUUAAUUACCCAUCCUGAAAUUGUUGAUGUUGCAGUAACAGGUGCCCUUGAUGAAGAAUCGGGUGAGAUACCAGUGGCAUUCGUGGUCAAGAGAAUCGGAAGCGAUCUUUCUGAGGAAGCUGUCGUGGACUACUUAGCUGCACAGGUUGCUCCCUACAAGAAAGUGAGAAAGGUAGUUCUUACCAAUUCAAUUCCGAAAUCAGCUGCUGGAAAGAUUCUUCGGAGGGAACUCAAGAAGUUGUUGACUUCUAGAUUGUGAGGGCCAUAAUUUCUGGCUCUGAUUCCUGAGCUGAUAGCUGGGCAAGAUAAGAUGAUAUGAUCUAUUUCAAUUUUGAUGAGUCCUCCAAAAAAUUGCAGUUCAAUUAUGAUAGCCGCAAAAGAUUAGAGAGUUCUGUGUUACUCGAGUUACCAUUUGUUUCAUUUUCUUGGAAUAGGUGGCUUUAAUAUUAGCUAUUGAGCGUCUCAUCAUUUUGUAGAAAGUUGCUCACACUUUUGUGUUGUUUUUCCAUUGAUUUUCCUGAAGGCUUUUUGUAUGUACUUUCACUGCAUAGUGGCAAUCGUAUGGUCGUCUUAAGAGAGUUAUAUCUCUGUGCUUGAAUUUUAUUGUAAUAGACAACAUGGAUCACCGUCUUUGAUCCUUGACAAUUAUUAUUGAGCAUACAGGAAGUGAUCUCAUUUUAGAUACAUUCUGUUUUCCUUUUACCUGUAGUGGAAGCCUCAUCAUUUUUCUCACCUGCUUGAUUUGUCGUUGCCCCUUGGUAUAUUUAACUGAGUUGGAUGAUCGAAAUACAGGCAUUU